ACCACAGCUGUAGUAAUGUAAGACUCCCCUCUCUCUCUCACACUUCAAUCCCAUACAUUCCUUGUGCUUCUUCUGAUAUAUAACCAUUAAGGUAUCUUCAAAUAUACAUACAAGAAAAUUUGAAAAUGAAGGAAAACGCCAAGAAUCCUCUCAAUUUUAAGUCCUUGAAUCACAUCUCCAUUGUCUGCAGAUCAGUUGAGAAAUCUCUUGGUUUCUACCAAAACCUUCUUGGCUUCUUUCCCAUCAGGAGGUCUGGUUCCUUCGCAUUUGAUGGUGCAUGGCUAUUCAAUUAUGGCAUUGGCAUACACCUCCUACAAUCAGAAGACCCUGAGAGCAUGCCCAACAUCACCCAAAUCAAUCCCAAGGACAAUCACAUAUCCUUCCAGUGUGAGAGCAUGUCAACAGUGGAGAGAAAAUUGAACGAGAUGAAGGUAGAGUAUGCGAAGAGCAGAGUGGAGGAAGGUGGCGUUUAUGUUGAUCAACUCUUCUUCCAUGACCCAGAUGGAUGCAUGAUCGAGAUAUGCAACUGUGACAAUCUACCUGUGAUUCCAUUGGCUGCCGGAGACUCUGCUGCUGUCCGAUCAUGCUCUAGCAUCACCUGCAAUCUCCAAGAACAACAGCAACAAACAUAUACAAGAAGCACGGAUAACGAAAAUCUGAAAUCAUCCCUUCCUUCUCUUAAUCACAUACAGGAAGAUUAUCUUCCUUGUGUGUGAUCAGUUUCAUCUGAUCACAAGCAGAUUUAAGUUUCAAUUGUAAAUUCCCAUUUGUAAUGUUGAGUUUGCAAUCUAUGUGUACUAGAGGCAUUAAUUAGGCAACUGAUAUUUCAUAAGAUGGAUCUUAUAAAA